UUACUUCCUCCGGUGGCGGCGCAGAGCGCGGCGCGGCCCCUCCUCGAGCUCCCGGAGCCGCCUGCCUGCGCCCGGCCAGCGUCCCGGCUCCCGGCCCCCCGCCCAGGUGCCCGCACCCGCGGCCCGGACCCCGGACCCCCGCCCCGCCGCCUUCGUCCUCGUCUGCGUCCGCCGCGCACCGCGGAGCCGGGCCCGGAGCCGCCGCCGGCCCUGCCCGAAGCGGCGCGAUGAAUGACUUUGGAAUCAAGAACAUGGACCAGGUAGCCCCUGUGUCGAACAGCUACAGAGGGACACUCAAGCGCCAACCAGCUUUUGACACCUUUGAUGGGUCCCUGUUUACCGUUUUCCCCUCUCUCAGUGAAGAGCAAACUCUCCAAGAGGUGCCAACAGGCUUGGAUUCCAUUUCUCAUGACUCUUCCAACUAUGAAUUGCCUCUGUUAACUCCGUGCAGCAAGGCUGUCAUGAGUCAAGCCUUAAAAGCUACCUUUAGUGGCUUCAAGAAGGAGCAGCGCCGCCUGGGCAUCCCAAAGAACCCCUGGCUGUGGACCGAGCAGCAAGUGUGCCAGUGGCUUCUCUGGGCCACCAAUGAGUUCAGCCUGGUCAACGUCAAUUUCCAGAGGUUCGGCAUGAAUGGCCAGGUGUUGUGCAACCUGGGCAAGGAGCGCUUUCUGGAGCUGGCUCCUGAUUUCGUGGGCGACAUUCUCUGGGAGCAUCUGGAGCAGAUGAUCAAAGAAAACCAAGAAAAGACAGAAGAUCAGUAUGAAGAAAAUUCACACCUCAACUCAGUCCCUCAUUGGAUUAAUAGCAAUUCACUAGGCUUCGGCAUGGAGCAGGCAGCCUAUGGUGUGCAGACCCAGAACUACCCCAAAGGUGGCCUCCUGGACGUGUGUCCAUCCUCCUCGGCGUCCAGCAUGCUCGGUUCCGAGCAGGAGUUUCAGAUGCUCCCUAAGUCUCGACUCAGCACCGUCAGUGUCAACUACUGCCCCAUCAGUCAGGACUUCCCGAGCGGCAACUUGAACCUGCUCGCCGGCGGUUCCGGGAAGCCCCGGGACCACGACUCCCCCGAGAACGGCACGGACAGCUUCGAGAGCUCUGACUCCCUGCUGCAGUCCUGGAACAGCCAGUCAUCGCUGCUUGACGUGCAGCGCGUGCCGUCCUUUGAGAGCUUCGAGGAUGACUGCAGCCAGUCCCUGUGCCUCAAUAAGCCGACCAUGUCCUUCAAGGACUACAUCCAGGAGAGGAGCGACCCAGUGGAGCAGGGCAAACCGGUUAUACCCGCGGCAGUGCUGGCUGGCUUCACGGGAAGCGGACCUAUUCAGCUGUGGCAGUUUCUCCUGGAAUUGCUCUCCGACAAAUCCUGCCAGCCGUUCAUCAGCUGGACCGGGGACGGCUGGGAGUUCAAGCUCGCCGACCCUGACGAGGUGGCCCGCCGGUGGGGAAAGAGGAAAAACAAGCCCAAGAUGAACUACGAGAAGCUGAGCCGGGGGCUGCGCUAUUACUACGACAAGAACAUCAUCCACAAGACGUCGGGAAAGCGCUACGUGUACCGCUUCGUGUGCGACCUGCAGAACCUGCUGGGCUUUGCCCCCGAGGAGCUGCACGCCAUCCUGGGCGUCCAGCCGGACACGGAGGACUGAGGCCCGCGGGGGGCUGUGAGUGCGGCCAUCCGACCCACCGCUCCAGUGACCCUGACAGGCGGGCUUGGACGCGUCCGGGAGAGUCCUCAAGAAGCAGCGGCCUUAUUUCACUGGAAACCAUGGCUUUUCACCUGAAGCAGCGUGGUUUCUCACUUGUAAAGCCCACUGACGGGAACGCGCUAUGUAUGAUGCUGUGACCUCGGAGUGGCCAAGAAAGAAGUGCUGGGAAGCCGUCCUGGCUCCGAGCAGGCCAUGUGACAGGGACGUGCAGGCCGUGGGAUAGUCUCCAAGGAGCAAGCGUGUCUCGGGCACACUCAUUUUGGCUUUUUUUUUUAAAUGCGCUUUUGCCUUCGACUGCCAAGAAUCACAAAGGCAGAAGCAGUCUCUUUGGUUCAGCGAGGCGGAGGGUGUGGGGAGACAGCCGUGCCAUUUCAGAAGUUAGUUUGUAUAUAUGACUGUAAUCUUAAUAAUUGUUGUCAAAGUCCUCUCAGAGUCCUAUUUAACGAGAACUGUAUAUUGUAAUUUAAAAUACUUUCGUACUCGUAUUGGAAAGAUCGCAGACACCCGGUGUCUCUGCGGUUCCGAGGAGCACGCACCGCGUUCCGCAAGCCCAGGGUCUGCGCAGGCGGACGGAGGAGUUGUAAAGUGUGUAUCAUUUACAUUUAACAUGCCUACAGGUAGACAUCGAAGAGGGUCAGUCCCUGUUUCUGUUUGGUUUUGCCUGGAUGAUUAUCUGGCAAGACUUUGUACAUUUGGGAAUUUUUAUAAAACACUUAAUGUUAUUAUCCGGAGGCCCAUCCAGCCUCUGCCUUCUCCUUAAUUGUAAUGUAAAAGCUAUAAAGCGGUAUUUUUCUUGACAAAUAGCAUCUGUUUUCCAUUUCUGUGCAUGCCUUUAAAUCCGUUUAUACACAAGACCGAUUUUAUUUUUUAGUUCAACUGUGUUUCCCCAACAACCAACCUCCCCGACCAGCCGUUUCCUUCCCUUGCCCCACCUCCGCACCCCAAAUUAUCCCGUAUGAUUAAAAUAAGAAUGCUAUUUUUGGAAAUAUGUGGCUCCUUUUCAGAGAGCAGGAGGAAUUUAUGUAGCAGUUACUUUGACUGCAAGUAACUCACUGGAAAAAAUGUAAUUUGUAAGAAAGCUUUAUUUUUAUCUGCACUCCAUGGGGAGUUAAACAUGUCGUCCAGAGCGGAAGCCAGCCCGGGGCAGGUGGGGGACAGAAAGGGGGAGAUCUUCAGGAAGCCUCUUGGUCGUGAACAAAACACAACUUUUCCCUCAAGCUGUCGAGGCCCGGGCUAUGUGGACACUUUGCCGCUGCUUGCUGCUCAGUGCCCAGCUCUGUGUUCCUGUUUCCGUGGAUGCAGAAUGUCCAGAGGCGAAGAGAGGACAAGCGAGAUGGGCAAGAGAAUCCGUUGGAAGAUUCUAUGUGAGAAACAUUUUGCUCGCCGGGGAGACUGUCGUGGUUGUUUCAAAGGACCCCUGGGGUGGGCCUGCAUCCGGGGUGCUUGGAACAGAUCAAGCCAACGUGGUUUCAGAGCCGCACGGGUUUCCCUCUUCCCCAGGGAAGAGUCCGUCCCUGCGAUGAGGCUGCGGGACCGGGUGGUGGGGCCGGCUGGGCAGCCCCGCGCCGGGGCGGGAGGACUCAGUUCCAGCACCUACAGGAGACCAUGUCCAGUGUCCAAGCACAGGACGUUUUUCUCAAGCAGGACAUGUUUAUCACGGAGACAUCUGUUUAUAACAUCCCCAGACAUGUGACUGGGACCAUCUGGCUGCCAAAGGGAAUCUUAGCCUUCGGCUCGUUUUAUGUGGGGUUGAACCAAGCGAAAUUGCCAAUAUUUGACUUUUUUUAUCUACAAAGUUGGCAGUUUCAUGUGAUUCAGUCUAAUAGUUACAGAAACUAAAGCCCAUGGUAACCGUUUGGUGUGGUAAUGCACAGACCUAAGGAUAAAGAUUUUGUAAUCUGGCCUUUCCUUUCUCAAAUAAUAAAGUAUUUUGUUUAUAGAAA